CGAUUCUUUUUUCUUGCAUCUUUCUGUCAAUUUUUAUGGUAUUGGUUUCCUGGUUAUAUUUUUCCUGUUCUAUCUCUCUUCUCUUGGUUAUGCAUGUUGAAACCAGAUAAUAUUCUUGUUUCACAGCUUACUGGAAUCAAUGGACUUGGCAUUGGUUCAAUUGAAUUAGAUUGGAAUGCAUGGGUUUCUUUUCUUGGUUCACCAAUAAUUGUUCCAUUCUGGGCUCAAAUUAAUAUAAUGAUUGGUUUUGUUGCAGUAGCAUGGCUUCUAGCACCUGCUACAUACUAUACGAAUCUGUGGGGUUCAAAAGCAAUGCCAAUUACUAGUAAUCGAGUUUUUACUUCAGAUGGUUAUUUUUACAAUGUGUCUGCAGUACUUGAUUCACGACUUCGUCUCAAUGAAACUGCUUAUAAAAAUUAUGGUGAACUUCGAAUGCCAGCUGUUUUUGCUAUUUCAUAUGCUAUAUCAUUUGCUGCUAUUGCAGCAGUUAUUGUACAUACUAUACUAUAUCACGGUAAAACAAUUAUAAAACAAUUUCGGUCAUCUUUAAAAGAUAAUACUAAUGAUAUUCAUGCUAAAAUGAUGUCUCGUUAUCCAGAAGCACCAGAAUGGUGGUAUACAUUAUUAUUUGGAAUUGCAUUUCUUCUUGCUAUUAUUGUUUGUCAUGUUGGUCAGUUGAUGCCUUGGUAUUAUCUUUUUCUUGCAGUUGCACUUGCAUGUACUUUUGUUCUACCAACUGGUAUUGUUCAGGCUGUUACAAAUCAAUCGAUUGGAAUUAAUGUGAUUACUGAAUUUGUUGCUGGUAUUGUUAUCCCAGGAGAUCCAUUAGCUAAUGUUACGUUCAAAACAUAUGGAUACAUAACACAAUAUCAAGCAUUAUUACUGAUUUCUGAUUUAAAACUAGGUCAUUAUAUGAAAAUUCCACCACGUGCAAUGUUUGCUACUCAAUUAAUAGGUACAAUGAUAGCAGGAAUUGUAAAUUAUACGACAGCUAUGUAUUUAAUGAAUAAUAUUCCAAAUAUUUGUACAACAAAAAAUACGAAAUGGACAUGUCCGAAUGCUAAUAUAUUCUUUAGUGCAUCUAUUAUUUGGGGAGCUAUCGGACCAGUGAAAAUGUUUGGUAAAGGAUCUAUGUAUUCAACACUUCUUUAUGGUUUUAUUAUUGGUGCACUUCUGCCUAUACCAUUCUGGUUUCUUAUGAAAAAAUAUCCUAAUGCUAAAUGGCUUAAAUAUAUUCAUUUUCCAAUUAUGUUAUCCGCGACAGGAAUGAUGCCACCUGCUCCACCUGGUAACUAUCCAUCAUGGCUUUUGGUUGGUUUUUUAUUUAAUUUUGUAUUACUACGAUAUGCACGAUCAUGGUGGAAACGUUAUGCAUAUGUUUUUUCGGCAGCAAUGGAUUGUGGUGUAGCGUUUUGUGUCCUACUUAUAUUUUUCUUCUUGCAAAAUAAUAGAAUAGAAUUUCCAUUAUGGUGGGGAAGUGGCGGUGUAACAGGAGAUGGUUGUCCGCUAUCACAUGCUAAUUAUUCCGGAAUCAUUCCAAGCGAUCGUCCGGUGUUUUUCGGUUGA